AUGAAAGCAAAAUAUAUCUUUGAAUGGUUUUAUCAUUGGAUUCACAAUUACAAUCUGUUCAUACCUGACGAAGAUGAAUACGAUGACAAUUCUCAACCUACAGAUCCCGAAAUAAGUCUCAAAUAUCAAAGAUAUACAACUCGUUUAUAUGUUUUCCUUCUCGCCGCAUUUCUCUACAUUCUCUUUCUGAUCGCAUUAAUACUUCCGCAAACUGGUGUGGUGAUCAUCGAACAUAUUACGCCAGAUAUUUUUGUCAAACUUCAAGCUGAACAUGGUGAAACACUCUCGUGUCCAUGUUCUACAACGAUAAUACCGUACAAAGACUUUGUGACUAAUACAGUCUUCUAUCAUCCUAUUUGUUCGAGUAUUUUCGUCGAUGAACGAUGGAUUAGAGCGCUCUAUUUAUCCUAUUCAAGUACAUUCCUCGUCGUGGAUUUUCGAACCACCGCUAGUUUUCAAUUCAAGCUCCUUGCUGCUCUUUGUUCUCUCUCAACGCGUACUGUCACGCAAACUUUGACUGAACUUGAUAGUACUCAAUUGAUUACCAUUCAGCUUCUUUCAGAAAGUAACGUUCGGUCUCAAAUCAUCGGCAAUGUUGAACUUCUUCGUUCUACUGCGUCUCCUCAAAUCACUUCGCCUUUGAGUUUUCUUCAAAUAACAACUCAAGCAAAUUCUUUGAUUUCUGCUCUCAACACAAAUUUAAUAGCCCGUGCGACGUUCGGACGACCACCUUUGGCAAGUGCGACACCUACAGCUUAUCAUAAUCCAAAUGAUCCUGAUGGAAGAUAUUUAAUUUCACUUUGUGGUUUAAUAAACCCAGUAGCUCCAGCUGGUUUCUAUUCAUCGUUGUCAUUUUAUGAGAGUGCAGAUAAUCAUAAGUAUUGGCCUGAUUAUUCUCCUGCUUUUGAACCAGUCGCUUCUUCAAUGGUUAACGGAUUUUUUGGAGGAUGUACGCCCUUAGAUGCUAUUCUUGCCAGUACAUUCGAUUGUCUCUACAAUACCACAUGUCUUGAAGUCUUUGCCAAUUAUUUUCCCGAUCUUAAUCAGACAAACUUCAAUUGGAGUGUUCCACUUGCAUUUUCUAAUCGAAAGAAGGUACCUUUGAAUAUUCUUUUAACUGAUUUAUUCGUAGAAGAAUGGUCAACAGAGAUCAACUAUUUCACAUAUUUCCUUAAAUGUUCUUCUAAAUUUUGUACAUAUACAGAAACGAAUCAAGCUAAUGUUGCUUAUACAAUCACUCUCCUGAUUAGUCUUUACGGUGGUCUUACCAUUAUUCUUCGUUUAAUUUCGAAUUAUUUAAUCAACAUUUCAUUGAAAGUCGAACGUCGGAAAUUUCUGACAUGGAUAAAGCAAUUAAAUCUGUUUAAAUUAGCAAAUGAACGAACAGAUGAAGAUAUUGAACAACAACGUAUUAUCACCCGCGUCUACUUUAUUUUACUCACAGGUUCAAUUAUCAUUCUUAUUCUAUUUACAUCAUUGGAUACUCAUUUUUCUUCAAUUUUCGUACAAAAUCCAUCAAUCCGUCAAUAUAAACACUUACAAGAAUCCUAUUCGACAUCGCUUUCAUGCCCUUGUAGAAAUGUGUCAAUGCCUUACAUCACAUUCACCUCGUUAUCCCCGACUUUACAUCAAGUGUGUUCAAGCGAUUUUAUUACAGACUCGUGGAUUAUCGUCGCAUCUUCAAUUAAAUCUGAUCUAUUUAGAUUUCUUUAUAUCGAUUGGAUUUGGCGCGGCCUCGACGGUCGACAUUUUCAAUUGUUAGCGAUUCUCUGUAAACUGGCAAAGCAAACGAUUGAUGAUUCUGUUUAUCGGUUUACUAGGCGAUUGUUUGUCACAUCAAACGUUCUCAGUGAAACGGAAUUUAAUAUUCAAGUCAAUACAACCUUCGAACAAUUUGUUCAAUCAUUACUCAUUCAAUUUGAAUUGCUUAUUAACACUACGCAUCUGUUCACUCAAGUUGAUCAACCUUUCACGAAUUUAGACAAUGCAAAAUUAGUUGGUAAACCAUUGACGAGCGAUCAGUUUACUUUCGAUUUCACUGGUGUAAGCAAUACAAAUUCCACAUCUGUUGAAUGUAUUUGUGCAACGAAUCCUAAUUGUCAAAGUGGAAUUGCUCUCUAUGGAUGGAAUGGUACACGGAAUGAUGAUAUACGAAAAAGUCUACCGUAUUUUGUACCAGGUGUCAUUGAAGGUUGCUUUGUUUUCGAUACACUUCUACUAUCGACUCUCGAAUGUUUCUAUUUGGACUCUUGUCUCGCGGUGUAUCGUUACUAUCUCUAUGUAUCGGUAAAUCUUGUAGAGGCAGGAGUAGAAUGGGUCGAUGUUCAUCCUCUCAGUGAUCAACAGCCAAGCCGGUUCACUCGGAACACUUCUCUUUCAAUGAUAGUAAAAGAAAUUAUGGUUGAAGAAUGGAAUUCAUCGUUCUCGUUUGGUAGUUAUUACAAUGUUUGUGCACCGAGUUAUUGUACUUAUACUGACAAAAUACAUACUUACAGUUUGACUGGUAUAAUAAUCAAAUUAGUAUCAAUGAUCGGUGGUCUUACUGUAGUUCUACGACUACUAACACCUGCCUUGGUCAAAUUCGUCAUUCACUUGAUAAAACCGAAAGUUAAAAGACAAGUGCAAGUUCAUUCGAAGCUCUCCACUCGCAUACGAAUUUUAUUAAGAAAGGCGAUUGCGUUUCUAUACGUAAAAUCUGUUAAUCUAAACCUAUUUCCUGUGCGAACUUUUGGAUGUAGUGUUGAUCGAAUACAAGCUAAACACCUGGGCCGAUUUGCCACUCGUCUCUAUAUUAUUCUACUUGUGAUUUGCAUCGCUAUUCUUGGUCUUUACACCAUUGUACAACCACAGAUUUUGACAAAAACUUUCGUUAAACCAUCUUUAAAUCAGUAUAAUCAGCUUGUAGUUGAGCAUCCUGAUACACUCUCGUGUCCUUGCUCAACAAUCUCUUCACCUUACGAACGCUUUAUCAAAAUUAAGCCUGAAUUUCAUCAAAUUUGUUCAAAUUCAUUUGCUUUGGAUCAAUGGCGAACAGAUGUCCUAUCAAAUCUUGAUGCUGAUCUUUCAACAUACGCUCUCCUCGAUUAUCGACGUUUCCUAUCAGCUCAUCUGCAACUUCUUACUGGACUAUGUGAACUUUCAAUUCAGUCGGUGAAUGAUGCUAUUGUUCGAUUUCUUUCUUCAAAUUUUAUUACGGCUCAACUAAUGUCACAAUCAAUUUUUGACACAAACAUUCAGUUACUUAUUGAGCAGAGUAAAUCCGAUGCACCCAUAGCAUUGAAACGUUUUCUUGAUUUACUUCGAGAGGCGAAUCAAGGCAAUGCCAUUAUCUCGGCCUAUAAUACUAAUUUUCAGUAUAUCGCUCCCUAUUAUACGUAUGAUACGUUUAACGCUCCUCUUAUAACUCAAGCAACAAUCUAUGAUGAUAAUUGUUCUUGUGCUUUAGAUGGAAAUUGUACCAUUCCAGCUGUUUUUAUUCUGACAGAUUCAUCUCAAAAUAUUUCUAUUCAAGGUCUGAAAAUGGGUUGUACACCAAGCGAAUCAUUUCUUGGUUCAACUCUUGAAUGUUUUUAUCAAUCAUUGUGUAUUAACCUUUUUCAACAAGUUAUAAACAACGUUGUUCCUAACAAUAUCACGAACAUGUCACCACCACUGCUCUCCGUAGAUAAUAGUCGAUUCUUAAUGAACACCUCUGUUCACGAUCUUGUUAAUAAUCUCUUCAUCGAGAACUGGUCGACAGUAAUUAACUAUUCCACAUACUUUGACCAAUGUUCACCCAUAUUGUGUUCAUAUACGUACAUACAAAAACUCAAUUCGUUGUAUACAAUUACUCUUUUACUUGGUCUGUACGGUGGCUUAACACUCAUUCUCAAGCGUAUUUGUCCAAAAAUCAUUUAUCUUACAUAUAAAGUGCACAAGCGUCGAAAGAAUAAAAACAGUUCGAUCCAGCCUAUAGAUAACGUUGGCAUGACAACCAUUCACACAUCGAUAUCCACGAUUCCACCAUCACGGACUAAAUUGCGUUCAACCAUGUUUUCCUUUCUCUUAUUUGGGAUCAUUUUAUCAAUAAUUAUUUCUGCGACUGCUGUCGUUCCAGCUGUUUAUCUUAAUCGGCAACGAAAGAAUCCUGUACAGCUGUCACAAAUCCCGAUGGGCCCGACAGCGUACACAACAUCAGGAAUGAACGUUUCAACAACAACAGUCUCUAGUUCUGCAGUCACAUGUAACUUCACUUUUAAAAAACUGAUUUCUUACUCAACUGGUGAUCUAACAAAUGCAAUUGUUGUUGCUGACUUUAAUCGCGAUCAUCAUCCAGAUCUCGUAUUCCUUCACUACUUUACUGGUAGCAUAGGUAUUUUAUUUGGUAACGAUGAUGGGACAUUUCAAGAACCCUUCAUGUAUUCAACUGAAACUAUCAGCCAAGUUGGCUCACUUCUUACCGAUGACUUUAAUAAUGAUGGUCGCCUAGAUCUCGCUUUCGCCAGUUAUAGAGGAUUUAACAUAGGUGUUCUGUUCGGCAAUGACGAUGGCAGUUUCGGAUCAUUGAUGACGUAUUCAGAUGAGACUGAAACAAGUGAUUCAUCUAAUCUUGCCGUUGGAGAUUUCGACAAUGACAACCAUUUAGAUUUAAUCAUUGUCAAUUAUUGGGGAGACGAUAGGAUACGAUUGCUUCGCGGUAGUGCGAAUGGAACAUUCAUAGCACAAACAGGCACUAACCCCAGUAUCUGUGAAGGAACAUCAUUUAUUGCUGUGGGCGAUUUCAAUAAUGAUGGACAGCUAGAUCUUAUUGUCACCGACCACUACACAGGUCAUAUGUGUGUUUUGUUUGGUAAUGGAACUGGUUAUUUCGGUGAGUCAGUUAGUUUUCUGACUGACUUCUAUAAUUCUAAAGUGCCAAUCGUUGUCAAUGAUUUUAAUAACGAUAGUCAAUUGGAUGUCGUCGUAGCAAAUGCCGGAGGAAGCACAAUAAAAGUUUUUCUCGGGAAUGACAAUGGAACAUUGAAAGAAGAAAUGGAAUACUCAACUGGACGAUAUGCUCGUCCAGGCAUGUUAGUGACUGGUGAUUACAACACCGAUGGUCGUUUGGAUAUUGCUUUUGGAAAUACGGGUAUACCUAACGUGGGUGUACUUUUUGGAAGAGGAAAUGGAACGUUUUUUGGGCGAACAACAUUUUCGACUGUAACUCGCAGUAUAUCAUCCGCCAUGGCUUCGAGCGAUUUUAAUAGUGAUGGAAAAUUGGAUCUUGCUAUUGUUGAAGGGUCACAGCACAAUGUCACUAUUUUACUGAAUACCUGUGACUCUUGA